CGUUUUUUAGAAAGCCUUCGGGCCAAAACAACGUCAAUUUUCUAUUCGGAUCAAAAUAGUUAAUAUUUUGAAAUUAAGGCCGUUUUACAACACAUCGGACAUUCAUUUAACCUUUACAGCUAUGAAUCCAAAUUUUUUGCUACCAUCGGGUUUUAUGGCUUCAUUUAGACACCAACGGCCUCAUAUAAUGCAACCCCCGCCUUUUGGGGUCAUCCAGCAACUCUAUCUCCAAAAUCUCACCAAGCAUAAUGCAAGAUCUCCAUUCCCUCGCAAUGCUCCCAUGCUCAAUGCCAGAGCUCCCAUGCCACGCACUCCUGUAGGAGGUCCAGAUAGAUUUUCUGGGCACAAACGGAAAAAUGACAGCGAAACAGAGUCAGUGCCACCUGACAAAAAAAAGGUGCGAACAGAAGCUCCACCAUCUGAAGGGAAUUUUCUAGUUCCUGUUAAUAAAGGCACAGAGCAGAUCACAGUUUCAAUAUGGGAUUAUUUUCUGUCAGCCCACAUGAAUGAUGAGGAUUUUGAAAAGAAACUGCAUUUGCGGAAGUGUCUUUACUCUAUAGUUAAUGCAGCAUUCCCAAAUUGCCGACUAUUUAUUGUGGGAUCUAGUAUGACUGGUUUUGCCACCAAAACAAGUGAUGUUGAUUUAUGUUUAAUGAUCACUGACAGAGAGGUGGAUCAAAAAAGGGACGCUGUCCUCAUAUUAACAGCAGUUGAAAGAGCUUUACGACAAUGUUCAUUCAUGAGGUCGCCCUUGGUGAUAAAGGCAAAGGUGCCAAUUCUUAAAUUUUUGGACAAUGUUUCAAAAGUUGAGUGUGAUCUGAACAUAAACAAUAUAGUUGGAGUUAGAAAUACUCAUCUGUUACGUGCAUAUGCUUACAUGGACUGGAGGGUCAGGCCACUGAUGCUGUUUAUUAAAAAGUGGGCCAGGUUUCAUGAUAUCAAUGAUGCUAGCAAAAAAACAGUCUCCAGUUAUUCUUUAACUCUGAUGUUGAUUCACUACUUGCAGGCUGGGAUCAGCCCACCUGUCCUCCCAUGUCUACAGAAACUAAAACCCAACCUCUUCAAUACUCAAACAGAUGUGAGAAGGUUGUCAUUGAAGUUUGAUGAGGUGACAGCAAGUUUCACCACAAAAAACACAGCCACUUUAGGAGAACUUUUCUUGGGAUUCUUAAAUUAUUAUGGAAAUAUUUUCAAGUAUGACAAUGUCAUCAGCGUCAGAACAGGUGGAAUUAUAAAUAGCUGUGACCUAGGCUCAAACUCAGUGCAGUGGAAAUACUUAAGAAUAGAAGAGCCAUUUGACCGCAGCAAUACAGCACGGUCUGUGUUUGACGGGUAUGUCUUCACCAGAAUACUGCGUGUCUUCACACAGAGCUUCUCUGUCCUUGAGAGAACCAGAGAUGUUGGUCAGCUGUUUGUCAGGCCUUUCUGAGAUCUUCAAAAUCAUUUCUGUUCACCCAUUCUCCACUGUUAUGUUUUUUUUUUAAAUUCCCAUCAGGGACAUUGCGUUACCUUCAUCCAUAAUUCUAUCUAUUUAAAAUGACUGCGUGAGUUGAGAGCGGGAUUGUAGCAUUUAAACAUUAUGCAGCUGAUUGUUACAAAGAAUGUAAAUUGAUUGAACCUUGUAAAUAUAUUGAACAAGUGUACAUUCUGUGAAUAUCCUAAUUUGUUUUUUGUUUCUAAGAUGUACCCCAAUCGUCUGAGAAAAACAUUGUUUUUACUCUUUAGGGCAGCUCAAUAUCUUCAUUUUAAAAAGUUUUAAAAUUUGAUCAAUUCUUUAGAAACACAAGUUAAAAAAUUGAUCAAAUCUUUAAACUUUUGUUUCUAAAAAAUUGAUCAAAUCUCUAAAGUUUUAGAAAUUGUCUGUGAUCAUUAGCAGCUUAAAGCAAAGGAAAUCAAUUUCAUUCAUAUUAUCAGUUUUGUUUUUAAUUUAAGAACACAUUUACUACACUGUUUUAGAGCGUUUUACAAUGACUGUUUAUACAUCACUAAUAACUUGUGUCUGUUGAUGACAAGAGAAGCAAAACCGUUAUUUGACGAGCUGGUUGAAGAAUAGCUACGGACAGUUAUCUCAGCUACGACUGCACUCCCUAACAUCUAGAUGUAAUAAUGGACAAGUUCAAACAUUUUGUUUAAAGACCGACAGUAAUACAUGUUGUGUACCAUUUGCACAUGUAAACUGAUGACAAGACCAAAUAUAUUUUCUCAACCUCC